AUGAACAGCAGCGAUCCAAUGCACACGAUAUUCGGUGCCGACCCACCGAAUCUAUACGCAGUGCUACAAUUGCAGCAGGAAGACUUACCCACUACAUCGACGAUAAAGAAGGCGUACCACCGACUAGCGCUUGAGAGUCAUCCGGACAAGAAUCCAUCGCAGGAUGCAUCUGAGCAAUUCCAGCGUGUGUCCUUCGCAUAUACAGUGCUAUCGGACGACAAGAAGCGUGAGCAGUACGACAAGACUGGCCGAACAUCGUCGAUAGAUCUCGGUGUGGAUAUCGGGGAGGACUACAGCUGGGAAGAUUAUUUCGAUGACCUCUUCGAGCGCGUCACGUGGGAAGCUCUAGCGGAAGAUCGAGAGCGGUAUCAAGGCUCGCAGGAUGAACUGAACGACUUGAAACACGCUUAUGAGACAUGCGACGGCGAUCUCGACGCCAUCUUUGCAAAUAUCCCUCACGCUAGCGUGCUGGACGAUGAGCAGCGCUUCAUCGACAUACUGCAGCGUGAAAUAGACGGUGGCCGACUUGCGCACUCGAAGAAAUUCGUUAGAUCGUCUAAACCCGUCGCGCGCAAGAGUCGCGCUAGCAAGGCUCAGUCUGAGGCCGAGCAGGCUGCAGAACUAAGGCGCGAGCUAGGUCUGGGCAGCGAUUUCCAAGAGGAAAGUGGGGAAAGUGGGGAAGAUGAGGAGGGCGACGAGGGUGACUCCGCUCUCGCUCAGCUUAUUGCCCAACGCGGUGAUAAACGUAAGAGCCAACUUGAUAAUCUCGUCGGCGCGCUAGAAGCUAAAUACGCACCUCCUAAGAAAGGAAAGGGUAAGGACAAGCAGGAGGAGCCCAAGAAUAAAAAGAAGCGCGCAGUGGAGGAGGAAGAGGACCAUGAAGAAGACCAAGAACAAGUCCAUGAACCCACGGAGGAAGAGUUUCAGAAAUCUCAAGAUAAGCUUAACAAAAAGAAGCAAAACAAGAAACAGAAACACAAAUCCUAA